AUGGUGGUCGCGUGCGUCGUCGAGUUCGGGUCAAAUCCUUCUGGAUCCGGCGCCCAGACGCCGUCGGCCAGCGCGGGGGUGGUGGUAUUCUUCACUGUUCAGAUUGAAUCUUCAUUGAUCCAGAUACCCGCGGUGUGCUUCUUUCCUGCGGUGUGGUGCGCCGCGGGGGAUGUCUACAACAUCCCGGCACUGAUGUCGGUGAACGGAUUCGAGCAAGGAGAGGAGGGAGGGCCGGCGAAGUGCGACGGCCAGUACCACAGCGACAGCCUCUUGCUGGUGGCGAUGACUUCAGCGUGGUACGGGCCCGGCUUCCGGUGCGGCAAGGUGAUCAGCAUCAAGAGCGCCGGCGGGGUCACCGUGCAGGCCAUGGUCGUCGACGAAUGCGACACUGACAACGGCUGCGGCAUCACCGAGAUCAGCACGUCGGCCGCCGUGUGGCGUGCCUUUGGGAUUGACACCAGCGUCGGCGAGGUGCCCGUCACCUGGUCAGAUGUGUCUAACUGA